AACGCCAUAGUAUCUGUUAAGGAGCUGUGUGGACUCCCUCCGAUUGCCAGUCUGAAGCAGUGCCUGUUAACCCUGUCCUCUCGUCUCAUCACCAGUGACAGUGCCCCUUCCGUGUCUCUUGUGAUGAAGGACAGCUUUCCUUACCUGGAGCCUCUGGGUGCCCUGCCAGACGUGCAGAAGAAGAUGCUGGCCGCAUACGACCUGAUGAUUCAAGAGAGCCGGGUCGUCAUAGAAACGGCAGACACCGUCCAGGAAAAGAUUGUCCAGUGUCAGAAAGCAGGGAUGGAGUUCCACGAAGAACUUCAUAAUCUGGGGGCCAAGGAAGGCUUGAAAGGAAGGAAACUCAACAAGGCCAUCGAGAGCUUCGCUUGGAACAUUACUGUGCUGAAGGGACAAGGAGACUUGCUGAAGAAUGCCAAGAACGAGGCUAUAGAGAACAUGAAGCAGAUCCAGCUGGCCUGUUUGUCCUGUGGCCUGAGUAAAGGCCCUGGCGCUGGCCCCGAGGCCAAGGGCAAGCGCAGCCUGGAAGCCAUAGAGGAGAAGGAGAGCGGCGAGGAGAACGGGAAGCUGUGACCGAGGCCGGGCGCAUGCGCACCACAAGGACUCCGCUGUCUCAUUCUUGCCUUUUCGUUUUGUUUUUACGUUCUUCAGACGUUCACAGAGAUGAUGCCCUCCAUGGGGUGCUGUACAUAAACAUAUAUUUUCACAGUGCCAGCAUUUUUCUGUAGUUAAUUUAUCUAAGCUAAAAUUGUUCGUAGCACUGUUGUAAACGCUGAGCUGUAUGAGUAGACCCGUGUGUGUGGCUGCCUGUGUGCACGUGAGUGUGUGCGCGCGUGUGUGUGCACGUGAGUGUGUGCGUGCUUACGUGCGUGUGUGUGAGUAUAUCUAUGUGUGACUGUCUGCGCAUGUGCACAUGCGUGC